GGAGGAGGAGGAGGUGGAGGAAAGGAGCCGGCUCGGCCCAGGCCUGCAGCCCAUGCGGGAGAGCCCCCCGGGGGCGGGCCGGGGCGGCAUGCGGCUCCCCGGCCGGCUGGGCGCGCUCCGCAGCACGCCCCUGCUGGGCCGGCCGCCGGGGAGGGCCAGGGCGCGGCCGGCGGCGGGGAGGCGAACCUUGGCCCGCGGGCGGCCCGGCGGAGCCAUGGCAGAGGAGGCCAAGAAGCUGGCUGCCUGCGCCGCGGUGGACAAGCACGUCCAGAACAAUCAAGUUCUUGGGAUCGGAAGUGGUUCUACGAUUGUCCAUGCGGUGCAUCGAUUAGCUGAGCGGGUUAAACAGGAGAACCUGACAAUUGUCUGCAUCCCUACAUCUUUUCAGGCCCGCCAGCUGAUCCUGCAGAACGGCUUAACGCUAAGUGACUUGGACCGACAUCCAGAGCUUGAUGUAGCCAUCGAUGGAGCGGAUGAAGUGGACUCUGACCUCAACCUUAUCAAAGGUGGCGGGGGUUGCUUGACGCAGGAGAAGAUCGUUGCAGGAUAUGCAAAAUGCUUCAUCGUUAUUGCUGAUUACAGGAAGAAAUCGAGGAGCCUGGGGGAGCACUGGAAGAAGGGAAUUCCUAUCGAAGUCAUCCCCAUGGCUUAUGUCCCUGUCACCAGAGCCCUGACCAAAAACUUCGGAGGCGCGGCAGAGCUGCGGAUGGCUGUCAGCAAAGCGGGCCCCGUGGUGACAGACAAUGGGAACUUCAUUCUGGACUGGAAGUUUGACAAGGUUCAUGAAUGGAGUGAAGUGAACACAGCUAUAAAAAUGAUACCAGGUGUGGUGGAGACGGGGCUCUUCAUCAACAUGGCAGAGGUGGUCUACUUCGGCAUGGAGGACGGCUCGGUCAGCGUGAGGGAAAAGCAGCCUCACUGAUGCUGCCCUGCUCUGCUUCUCCUUUGGCCACUUGGAGUCAGAUGUUGUAACGGUGCCAACCCGACGUUUUGCCUUAACGAGCAGCGGUUACCGCAGGAGAGCGACGGGCAGCUGAUCAGAAUCCGCUGACGUUGAUACUGAAUGUCUUUUUUUUUUUUAAAAGAAAAAACACAAACAACAAACCAACAAGAUUAUAUUCUAUUUCUAUAUAUAUAUAUAUAUAUAUUUUUACUUUCCAGGAACGUUGUCUUUGUUUGUUGUUUUUUUUUUUUAAGAGUCAUUUAAACAAAUUGCUUUAACGUUUCUAUUUUAUUUCCUAAGAAGUACUUACCAAAAAAGAAUACUUGUUUUUGUGGGUUUUGUUUUCCUCUUUUUUUUGAAAUGGAACUUGAACCCUUCAGGUUGCUGGUAGUGCUUAGUGAUGGAGAUCAGAAAUACAAUCUGAUACAAUAACACGUCAUUCCUAACCACCCUGGCUGGGAGAGUGACGUUCCUAACGGGAGCACAUCCAGUCAGGACCUGCUGAUGCCUUAUUUAGAACCUUUCUGGUUCAGUAUUUUAUGCCUUUUAUUUUUCUAUACCACUGUUUUUUUAAUAUUCCAGGUCUACUUGUCCUCUGUGCACAUGACAAUUUUCUGAGCCUUGGGUUGUCUCUACAUCCCUCUGUCUGGGACAUUAAGAAAGGCCUUUUCUGGGCCUCUGUAUGGAGGAGACGUUCAUCCUUCGGGCUAGAUUCUGCUCUCCAUGAAUUCAGUACCUCUGAUUAAAAUGUUCCUGUAGAUUAAGAUGUUUGGGACUUUGUUCUUGUAAACCGAGAGCAGAACUGGGUCCUUGAUGAAGUUUACAGAAGCAUACUUGAGCAGUUUACAGCAGCGUGAAAUACUGCUCAGUGGCAAAUGAAUUGAUUUGGAAUGAAGGUUAAUUAUCGUCCCUCGCAGCUGGUUGAGUUGUGGAAGGACAGACCAGAACACACAGGAAAACUGAGUCUUCCUGCCUAAAUUUUCCACAUGUAGCAGGAGAGAGACGCUUGUUCAAUAUCUUGUUCUCAGUGUGUAGGUGCUCUGCAUGGUUCUGAUGUCAAAACGCAAGCCCUCUCUUUGUGUUGUAGACACUGAAAUAAAGAGUUGUUAUACUGGA